AUGUCAUCCAGUCUAAAGUAUAACUACCGCGUCCAACUCAUACUAGAGCUCGCAAAGGAUUUCAUCCCACCUCUCCUCAUCGCCUCUCUUCUCCUCUCGUUCCUUCCAUCUCUGCUCACGGACGGGUUGUUCUUACAAAGCCUCUGGCGCCUCUCGAUAUGUAUUGCAUAUUGGACGGUGAACGUCAAGUAUACAGACUGGAAGAAUGGUAACGAGGCGAAGAAAACGGGUGGGGUGUAUCUUCCUAGGCUGAAGGGGAAGUGGCCUGGAAACUUGGAUAUCGCUUUAUCAUUGGCAAAAUUCUCCGAGGAAGGAUAUGUUCUGGAAAGCUUUGAGCGCCUGUUUGCGUCGCCUGGAGGUGGGGAUGAAGUGACGACGUUUAACCUUGGAACGCUCUGGAGAGAUACCUAUGUAACAAGGGAUCAUAGGGUUAUGCAGGCAGUUCUAGCUACGGAAUUCGAUAACUUCUGGAAGGGACCUGAGUUCCGAAUGAGGACCAGACGGUCGUUCGGUGAUGGGAUCGGGGGGGCUGACGCCCGAGAACGUGUCCAGGAUUUUGGCAUCUUCGAACGAUACACUGAUAAACUCCAAGCCAUUGACAUCCAGGAUAUCUUUUCCCGAUUUACCAUGGAUGCGGCAGGCGAAUUUUUCUUUGGCAGCACAACUUUCAACACACUUGACCUUCCCCUUCCUCCCCCCAACAAAAAAUCCAAACUGGGUCCAAAAGGAACUGAGCCUGAGGGUUCAUAUGGUUCUUUCGCUUACCCCUUUGAGAAGUUGCAGGAAAUCACGCUUAUUCGAAACCUGAGAGGGCCUUUGAAGGUUUGGGGGUUGAUGGAAUUCUGGAAAGAUGAGACGAAGAUCCAUAGGUUAGCUGUUGAUGCAUUUAUUGAUCCUCUUAUCGAGGAUGCUUUGAAGGAAAAAAGGAAGAGGGGGAUGAAGCAGCGUGAUCCUGAUGAAGGAAAUCUAGUAGAUCAUUUGGUGGAUAUGACGAAUGACUUGAAGUUGAUUAGGGAUGAGCUGAUCAACAUCCUUACGGCAGCCAGGGAUACAACUGCUACGCUGCUAACAUUUACCACAUACCUGCUUUGCUUACAUCCGGAUGUAAUGGCGACAUUGCGAAAAGAAGUACUGACAUAUGUCCCCAAUGGGCCCCCAACUUUCGAUGACGUCCGAAAGAUGAGAUAUCUGCGUGCUGUUCUCAACGAAACACUCCGUCUCUUCCCUCCCGCCCCACUAAACCUUCGCUCAUCGAGAUUAUCGACACUCCUUCCUCCUGACCAAACCACCAAUGGAAAACCCAUCUACAUUCCUGGUGGUACGACAGUCUUGUUCACGCCACUACUCAUGCAGCGUCGGAAAGAUUUAUGGGGCUCUGAUGCGGACGAAUUCGAUCCUGAAAGGUGGAUUGACAAGGAGAGGGUGAAGAAGAUGACUGAUGAUCCAUUUAUGUUCCUACCUUUUGGCGCUGGGCCAAGGAUUUGUCUGGGUCGGAACUUCGCGUACAACCAAGCAAGUUUUAUAAUGAUUCGAAUACUCCAAGCAUUUGACACAUUCACCCUCCGCCAACAAGAAGAUGCGCCUGACGGUUCAUGCCCGCCCGCAUCAUGGAGAGGCGCACCAGGUAGGAAGGGGAUCGAGACGAUAUGGCCGAAAAUGUGCAUUAGUUUGUUCAUCAAAGGAGGAUGCUGGGUCCAUAUGAGUAUUGCGGAUAGCUAG